AUGCCAGGAGGAGCAGCAGCUAGUGGCCGGCGCCUGGGCUGCGGAGAACGGGCGGCCACGGCCCGGGAUCACACCCCGGAGACCUCUUCAGAGCGCUGCGUCUCCUGCCUUCUUCGCCUGCCUUCGCUCCGGGCCCCUGCGCGGAGACGCGACACCCUGCCUGCAGGUGCGGGACCCGGCCCGCGGACGCCGACCGGAGACACAAGAUGGCGUUGGGCGCGUGACUGA